AUGAAUUUGAACAAGUCGUUGUAUGGUCUUAAACAAAGUGGAGCAAAUUGGUACGAUAAUAUAAAAAACUAUUUAAUAAAAGAUUGUGGACUAAAAGGAAUUAAAGGAUGGCCACGUGUGUUUAAAAAUGAUGACGUUACAAUAUGCCUAUUCGUUGAUGAUAUGAUAAUGUUCACAAAAGAGUUUAAAUAUGCAAACCAAAUUAUAGAUUGCCUAAAGAAAAGUUAUGACACAAAGAUUAUAAUGGAUGGAAACAGCAAGAUAAACGAAUUAGUGGAAUACGAUAUUCUAGGAUUGGAGAUUGAAUAUACUCGUGGUAGAAAAAUGCUUUGUGGUAUGGAAAAAUCACUCACUGAAAAGAUUCCAAGUCUAAAUACGCCACUAAACACUGCUGGUAGAAAAAUAAAUGCACCAUAUCAACCAGGUUUUAAAAUUGAAGACAAAGAUAUCGACAUGAAUGAAACCGAAUACAAUACGAGAGUAAAGAAGAUGCAAAAACUCAUUGGAUUAGCAUCAUAUGUUGGAUACAAAUUCCGUUUUGAUCUCCUUUAUUACAUAAAUGUUUUGGCUCAACACACGCUAUAUCCUACUUACCAAGUUUUAGACCUAACUCAUCAAUUGAUACAAUAUAUGUGGGACACCAGAGACCAAAAACUCAAGUGGAAAAAGAAAAGCAAGAAAGUAAAUAGAUUGGUAGCAAUCACAGACGCUUCAUUUGCAGGUCAGGAAUUGUACAAAUCACAAUUAGGAAUUUUUUAUUCGUUAAACGGUAAAAUUAUUGGAGCAAGGUCUACUAAAAUCAAGUUAACUUGCGUAUCUUCGACGGAAGCUGAAAUUUACGGAGUUAGUGAAUCCGUUCCUCUCGUAAACAGUUUAGAACAACUAAUAAGUGAAACUGACAACAAAACUUGUAAGAAAAGUAUUCUAACUGACAGUAGUCCAACAGUAUCCAUAGUAUAA